CGCUUCCGGUCAUUGAUUUGUUAUUGAUGAAUCAGAAAAUAAAAAAUCAUGAAAACAUCAAAUCAGUCAGAGGUGAAGGUGUAAUCCUCCGUGUCGCCGAUGAGCGGCGCAGUUUGUUGACGGUGUCAGUCCGCCUCAUGUCACCUGUUUAACAUCCAGCUGUGGAACAAACACCUGCAACAACAUCUGGAAUCAGUCUCAGACCAGUGUGAGUCCAUUUGAGCAGAAACAUGGCGUCUCAGCCGACCCAGCAGUCCGUCCUGAGAGAGUUCUGCCCGCUCUACCACCUGCUGAACGCCAUCCCAGCCAAGGUGCAGCGGGGGUUCAGGUCUGUGCUUGUCUACCUGACGGCUGUGGACAGCAGCAGUGACUUCCUGGCGGUGGGCAGCAGUAUUGGCAUGUUGUAUCUGUACUGUCGCCGCCUCGCACACAUGAACAAGUACAGUCUGGAGGGAAAGUGUGAUGCGAUCACAGCCGUAAAGCUGCUCAGCUGUUUUGAUGAUCUAGUUGCUGUAGGAACAGCUUCUGGUCGGGUGUCGGUCUUCCAGCUGGUGUCUCCACUUCCUGGUCGCAACAAACAGGUGUAACCUGUCUCUCUCUCUGCCUGUCUGUGUGCAGUUGAGGCGUUUCGAUGUGGUUGGGCUUCACAAAGGUUCAGUGACAUCACUGGCCUGGAGCACCAAUGGGAUGAAACUGUUCUCUGGAGAUGAUAAAGGACGAGUCGUCUUUUCAGCUCUGGACCUGG